GCGCACGCCCCAAUGAGCUUAUAAGGACAGUAGAUUCGGAAAUAUUCUUAUAAGAUACCAUAAUUUGAAUAAUAUCUUUUUAAUGCAGUAUGUAUGGAAAAAAAUCCUAUGUUUUCCUUAAUUUCCUUUUAUGUUUAAAUUUUUUUUUCUAAUUAUCAUUGUUCCUUUUAUUAUUUCGUAGGCUUAACUUCUUUACUUCAUUCUCCACCGCUACUUUUCAGAAAAUACCUUCUGGAAACCGUGCUCCAUCCUCCGUCCUCCGAGCCUCCAUUCAGUAAACGUCAUCGGAGGUUUCAGAAAUUAGGACCGACAUUGCAGCAAAAGGAGGCUUUCACCGCCUCGUGAAUCUUCUUUACUUUUGUCUUGCUGUGGCUGUUACCACCCUGCAUUUAGUUUCCGUCUUCUUCCUCGAGAAAUCAGUCCGUCCUUUCUGCUCCCUGACCGUAAUUAGUUCUCCUCUAUUUCUUCAUCUGCUCCUUUCCCUGGUUCUUACAUCUCGUUACAAAAUCUCGAGUAGAACUGUGAAAUAGUCAGACUAAUCAACGGCGAAUUGGGAGUCUACACAACUCGUUCAUAGUGAGACCACGAAUGGUUACUGGUUAGCCCAAUCUAAGGAUUUGCAUGCAGGGUAUGUUGACUUUUGAGGGACAGUUCUAGGUUGAUGUUGGUUUAGUUUCUUAGAAAGGAAGGAGGAAGAAAGAUGUUUGUGAAAGAAAAUUGUGGGAGCUGCUGGCUAUUCAAUUAUACAUUCAUGUUAAAUUUCUGGAGAAGUCUGGUCUCUUUCUUCCGCAGGAGAUUUACUUCAUCGACACUUCUUUUAGCCAUUGAUUAUGAUGUUAUGGUUUUGUUCCAACUCUUUUCAUCUAGAAUCCCAAUUUCACCGUACAGUCAGCUGGUUUAUGUGGCUCCAUCUCUGUUUUGUUUUUCAUCUCCAAUCCAUCUUUGUUUCUCUGAAGCUAUUCCAUAUUGGUUCUUAUAUAUAGGUUGAUUAUAUUCACAGUUCAAGGAUCCUCUCACUUAGUAGAAGCUCAAACAAAGCCAAGAGGGAGCGAGACCGAGGAAUUCUAGAAAUAAAUGUCUCAAGGAAAUCAUGGGUUUGAGAUUCCCAGAGUGAAACUGGGUACCCAAGGUCUAGAGGUGUCGAAGUUGGGGUUUGGAUGCAUGGGGCUAACGGGGAUGUACAAUGCUCCAGUGCCAGAAGAUCUGGGUAUUUCAAUCAUCAAGGAAGCAUUUAACAAUGGGAUAACUUUCUUUGACACCUCUGAUGCUUAUGGCCCUUACACCAAUGAAACUCUGCUUGGCAAGGUACUGAAGCAAUUGCCAAGAGAGAAAGUCCAGGUGGCUACAAAGUUUGGGAUCACCUUUGAUAACUUCAAUCCCAAAGAAGUUAAGAUUAGAGGCGAUCCUGCUUAUGUUCGUGCCUGUUGCGAGGCUAGCUUGAAGCGACUCGAUUUGGAUUACAUCGAUCUUUACUAUCAGCACCGGGUUGACACUUCGGUUCCCAUAGAGGAAACGAUGGGAGAGCUUAAGAAGCUAGUUGAAGAAGGCAAAAUCAAGCACAUUGGACUAUCUGAAGCCAGUUCCGACACAAUCAAGCGAGCUCAUGCUGUUCAUCCCAUCACUGCAGUGCAAAUGGAAUGGUCAAUUUGGACUCGUGAUAUUGAGCCAGAAAUCGUCCCUCUUUGUAGGAAACUUGGGAUUGCAAUAGUUGCAUACAGUCCAAUUGGACGUGGCUUCUUUGGAGGGAAAGGAAUCACUGAGAGCUUGUCCUCAGAGACUGUCUUGAGGAUGCAUCCAAGGUUCAUUGAAGAAAGUAAAGAGAAGAACAGAGUGCUCUACACCCGAGUCGAGAAGCUAGCAAAUAAACAUGGCUGCACUCCUGCUCAGCUUGCUCUUGCAUGGGUCUUGCAUCAAGGAGAUGACGUGGUGCCCAUCCCUGGGACAACCAAGCUGAAGAAUCUGGAGAGCAACAUGGAAUCGCUGAGAGUGAAGCUGACAAAGGAAGAUGUGGAGGAGAUUAGUGCGGCGGUUCCUGUGGAUGAUGUUGCUGGUGUCAGAUCUGCUAGUUAUCAGCUCACAUGGAAGUUUGCUGAUACACCAUUGCCAAGCAAGAACUAAUUAGCUGACUUAUCCGCUCAUAUAUGUUCUCUGCAGAUAAUGAUAUGUAGUUCGCAUUAUUAUAAACAUAAAAGCUCAAUACAAAAUGUUGUAAGCAGUUUGUAUCUGAUGUUCGUCCAUGGAAUAGUGGUUUAAUAAUAAGAAUAAACUAGUUUUGUGUCCAGCCUGUAUGGGAAGAGUGAUUGAAAGUUUGUAGUUGCAGAGAGGGUAGCUAUGUUGUUCAUUUAAAACUAAUAAUGAUAAAUUGGUGAGUUCUUGGAAACAAGGUAUUGAAUGUUUAAAACAAAUCCACAUAGCAAAAGAAAUGUAAUUUGUAAUU